AUGUCCAAAGGUGCAUCGCAAAUGGAAAGUGAUAAAGUGAUAAAACGUGAAGUGACAGUGCCAGAUGAUGAGGAUAGACCUCAACGGGAGACCAGAUUAACGAGCAUCAUUGAUCAGCUGAGGCACCAGAAUAUGAGUAGAGGUUACAGACGUACAGUUCACAAAGGUUAUAGCGAAUUCAAAGCAGAACCGCGGUGUCCGAUACCAUCAGCAUUGUUCUCAGAUCUAAGAUUCAUUGGGAGCGAAUCUAAUUGCGCGGGCGCACCCGACGCGUGCCUUUUGUCUCGCCCGUAA